AUGUCGGACGAAGAUGGCGACCCCGACUGGCUUACUGCCUUCAAGGCACCAAGUACUGCACCGGUGAUGCUUUCUUCUGAUUCCGAUUGUUCUCGUGGAAAUAGCCCUACAAGAACUGCUCCAUCUAAUCAAGAAGAAAAGGCUCCGAGGAAGAAGUUGAUGCUCUCAUCUGAUUCGGAAGCUUCUCCUGGAAACAGCCCUUCAAGGGCUGGUGACGCUGAUGAAGAAGAGGACUCACUUGCCAAUACCAGGAAAAAAGAUGGUCUGCAAUCUAAGGGUAAAAAAACAAAGGUUUCUGUAAGAAAAGUUCCUGCGAAAAGAGACGAUACCUUGGAACAACCCGAAGAUGAAGCUAACGAGGAAAAGAUGCAGGACAAGCUUGUGGAUAAUUCUGUCUCCCAGAGGUUGCCAUUGACCAUUGCUGAUAAAGUUCAACGUUCAAAGGCAUUGGUUGAAUGUGAUGGUGACUCGAUAGACUUGAGCGGAGAUAUUGGAGCUGUUGGCAGGAUAGUAAUUUCAAAUGGUCCGACUGGAAAUCAUGAUUUGUUACUGGACCUGAAAGGAACUGUGUACAAAUCAACUAUAGUGCCAUCCAGGACAUUUUGUGUUGUCAGCGUGGGACAAACAGAAGCAAAGAUUGAGGCUAUCAUGAAUGACUUCAUUCAGUUGGAACCUCACUCCAAUUUAUUUGAAUCAGAGACUAUGAUGGAAGGUACCCUUGAUGGAUUCACAUUUGAUUCAGAUGGAGAGGGCGAUAGGCUUCAUGAACUUAACGCUUCUCAGAAUUAUCCAAACAAUGAGAGUGAAGAUCAACCUAAGGGGAAAACCAAAAGGAAAGCAGCCGUGAAGCCAGCGGCUAAGGGACAGAAGAAGGCAAAGGUUGCUAAGAAGGGAACAAGGAAAACCCAAACAACAAAGAGAGCGAAGAAGGCAAAGAAAUAG